AUGGAAAUGGAAUUUCUUUCUAGAGAACUCAUUAAACCUUCAUCACCAACUCCUUCUCACCUCAGAACCUACCCACUUUCUUUCCUAGACAACUUAUGUUUUCACAAGUAUGUGCCUGUAAUUUUCUUUUACAAUCCAAACCAGAAUACCAACCAAAAUUCUAAAAUAUCACAACUUCGAAAAUCUUUAUCUCAAAUUCUAUCCAAAUACUAUCAUUUUGCUGGCAGUCUGAAAGAUAAAAUUAGCAUCGAAUGUAAUGAUCAAGGUGUGUCAUUUCUCGUCGCAAAGACAAAAAACAAACUAUCAGAUAUCCUCCAAAAUCCAACAGAAAUAUUGCUAAACCCUUUGUUCCCGGACGAAUUACAAUGGAAAGACAUGGAUUGGACUGCGACUUUAAUAUUCAUUCAAAUCAAUUGUUUUGCAUGUGGAGGAAUCGCGAUAAGUAUUUGCAUGACUCACAAACUUGGUGACGCUUCCACUCUUUUCAACUUCAUGAAUGAUUGGGCCAUCGUCAACCAAAAAGUAGAACAAGAACAAGAAGAAGGUUUAGGGUUAGGGUUACUUGAUGGAGGAGCUUCAAUUUUUCCUCAAGGAAACAUACCUAUUUUCCCAGAAAUUGUGCUUGUGAAAGGAAACAACGUGGUGAGUAAAAGGUUUGUGUUUGAAGCCUCAAAGAUUAACUCCCUCAAGGAAAUGGUAAGAAAUUCUGUGGAUUUUUCUCCUACACGCGUACAAGUUGUUACUGCAUUGAUUUACCAGCGUGCAGUUUUAACAAGAGGAUUGAAUUUCAAGACAGCAACGUUCAACAUGGCUGUGAAUCUUCGCAAAAGAAUGGUUCCUCCGCUGUCCGAAAAGCGCGUAGGGAACAUAGCUUGGCUUUCGGGUUUGACAGCAGAUAAAGAGAAAAUGGAGUUACCGGAUUUGGUAUUCAAAAUCAAAGAAGGGUUAUCUGAAUUUUGUGAUGUUAUUCCGGAAAAUUUUGGAGGAAAAGAGAAGGACAAUUUUUCAUUCAUUUCUGAGAUCUGGGAAAAUAUUAACGAGACUCUUACUGAGGAUAAUCAUUUGUUUCUAUUUAAUAGUUGGUGUCGGUUUGGAAUUUAUGAAGUAAAUUUUGGGUGGGGAAAACCAACAUGGGUGACCAGUUUUUGUUGCUCUUUGAGGAAUCUAAUAUUUCUGUUGGAUACAAAAGAUGGAAAUGGGAUUGAAGCAAUUGUGAACUUGGAAGAGAAGAAUAUGGCUAAGUUUGAGAAUGAUGUUGAGCUUCUUCAAUAUGCUUCUUUGAAUCCAAGUAUUGUUUGA